AUGAGGGAAGUGUUCUGCUUCUGCCUAAUUUUGUCUUUCUUAUGGGAACAGAUGGUGAGCGCUUAUGAAUAUAUGAGCCGUAUUUUUUUAGUGACUCAUCCGUCCAAGCAAGGAGCCUCAGACUGUUCCCGGCAGCCAACCAAGAUGGACGUAAGCAAACUGGAAGAGCAAUACGACUGUCUAAAGCAGAAGCAAAAGCAGCAGACACACGUUAUUGUAUUUAAAACAGGGGACUCAAGGUGGUUUACAGAUCCAGCAAAAAUUCAAUGCUGCACAGGUGAACAUGAGACCAUUGCUAAAGAAUCUAUGGUCAACCCUGUUUUAAUUAACAAGAACGUGAAAAGGGGGAAAGCAUUCAAAGAGCGUAUUCCCGUCAAAGAAGUCUGCCUUGAUCUCCCCCUUGGUGAAAACAUACAAGACAGUUCACCGUGGCGGAUACAUUUAGAGCUCCACCGCCUUGAACAAGGGGAGCAUAGAAAAAUAAUCCCUUGUGAUGUUGUGCAAAACAAGAAUGAACUAGUUGACAUUGACAGAAAACUAUCUCUGGAGGAAAGUGUGAUAUCAUGUGAAGAAUCAUUAACAAAUUGUGAACAAUCCAUGGGACUCCUUAGUGAGCAGGAAAACCCAAGCCCUGCUGAAAAGACUUUUAAUUCCAAUCCAUCUUUCACACCAGGGACUUGGACACAUCCACAAAUGUCGCCCUCGAAAUUGGCGCCAUCAUCCAAUAAGUUGCCCUAUUAUCCUUUCCCCCAGAAAAAGACUCGUAAGAUUUCUGAAGCUGCCAGAAGACUUGGACUGUAUGUUUCUCAAUGAGAAUCUUUCAGUAAGGAGCCAGAUUCUUUCAUCUGUAAGGAAGUAUAUGCUGAUCAAUUCUGGUAGAUCUGGGCAACCGAAUUGGGAGGAAUAGCAAAUGUAGAGGCACCAUGCCUUUAAUUGCUAGUCUGUGUUCCCAAUUAAGAUUAGUAAUCGAGGAGAUUAUAAUUACAGUAGUUUUAUUAUGCAGAAGUAACUUAAGAGGCGAGGCCUGUGCCUGCGCAGUGUACUCCAGCCAGGAAAGUACCACACAGAGCAAGGAAAAUGGCAGCGGUUUUAUACAGAGGUUUUUGUAAUACACAACACAACACCCAGGAAUAUCACUCCCUUCAGAGCUGUGAGCUGCCUUUGUUCCAUAGAGCCGUUGUUGUUGUUGUUGUUGUUGUUGUUGUUGUUGUUAAAACGCUCCACCUUCGCUUUUGGCUCACCCCUCCCUCUGAGGUGCUGUCAGUUUACAACAAAUUAACAAUUUAACAAACAAUUAGCAAUUUAAUGCAAAGCAAUUAACAAUGGUUAUUUAUCUUUAACCCUUGCCUCUUCACUAAUGAUGGCACCAAACUGGUAGUAUAGCUAUUACAGCAGAAGACAGAAUUAGAAACCAAAAUGACCGUAACUGAUUGGAGAAUCUGGCCAAAACUAACUAAAUGAAUUUUAACAGGAACAAGUAUUGUACAGUACUACAGUUAGGCAGUAAAAUAUGAAAUGUACAGAUAUGGGAUGAGUGACACUUGACUUGAAAACAGCCCGUGAAAGGGAUCUAGGAGUUUUAGUGGACCACAAGCUUAAUAUGAGUCAACGAUGUGAUGCAGCAGCUAAAAACACCAACACAAUUCUAGGCUGCAUCAAUAGGAGUAUACUGUUGAGCUCAAGGGAGUGACCUGUUUUGCUUUGGUCAGACCUCAGUUCGAAUGAGGCUUUGUCCAGUUCUGGCAACCACAAUUCAAGAACGAUGCAAACAAGCUGGAAUGUGUCCAGGGAAGAGGAAAAUGAGCUGAGCCAAAUGUUGCUUUACAGCAGGCAUGGACAAACUUUGGACCUCCAGGUGUUUUGGACUUCAAAUCCCACAAUUCCUAACAGCCGGUAUCAACUGGGGAAUACUCCAUGGAACUCAGUGGAAUUUAUAAUCUGCAAGAUUAUGCUGUUAAUUUGCUUACUGAAGUCACAAUAAGUGAUGCCAAAUGAAAAACAAUAUUAACAUGUACUGUUUCGGGAAAUGGAUUAUGAUUCCUCCUGCUGUGUGUGUGUGUAUACAUAUAUAUAUACCAUUUGUAUAUUAUAGAUUUUGAAUUGCAUUUUUAAAAAGCUGUGAGCCGCUGUGAGAUAAAAGUGGGAUAUUAAUAGCAAUACUUUGUGAUACCUGUUCACGUAAUAUUCCAGUGAGUUUCCUAUUGCUAUCGAUCCUAUUAUGCUAUGUAAUAAAAUUUGGGGGGAAAAAUCUG